GGUCCAAGGAUCAUUCUCUUCGCUGCAACGGUUUCGAACGCUUCUCUCUCUCCCUCACCUCAUAUUUUGGAACAGAAAGAUGGUGCUAAUGAUGCGUUUCUUACCGCUGAUCAUCAUGGGGUCGAUACGGGGGCACAACGCCCACAAACACCAUAAUAAUAACCGUCUCAUGGAACUACUGACAGCCGGAAUAGUUGCUAAGGUACUGCAGAAGCAAGAAGGCGAUGGUGGGGGUGGACAUGAGUACUAUCCCGUACCUAUCCAUUUGCCUGUGCACUCAGGACACGGACACCACCACAUGCAUGCUUCGGGCUCCCACCAGCAUCAUCACCAUGUUACGGAGAAGAUCAUACCCAUACCGGUUCCACAUCACACGACACGAAUCAUUCACAUCAAUGCUGAUACUCCUCAUGGUGGUCGAGGAAAUGGCGAAUAUGACCAGGGUGAGGGAAAUUACGGUGGGUCAAACUACGGUGACAACUCAGAAACAGGAGGCCACACUGGUUCGCAAACCAAGAUCAAACAGAUUGUCUUCCAGGACAGCGGGGUCUAUGGAUCGCCCAUGCAGGCACAAAUGGUGCCUGUCAGGCAGCAAGCAUACAUGGCCUUCAGAAGACCAGCCAUGAACAUGGUUCCCGCAGCUGCUGCCCAUCCUGCUUACUUGGCGAGACCUAGGUACCCCAUGGUGGCGAUUAGACAGAGAAUACCUCAAAUGCCCCAAAUGGCUGCACCAUAUGCAGCUGCUUCCAUGUACGCCAUGCCUUACAGAAGAGUGCCAGCGCCUCCAGCACCUUCACCUUAUGCAAACCCGAUGAUGAUGAGGAGGCCCUACUCUGCACCCAUGCCCAUGCCCAUGUCCAUGCCUAUGCCCAUGCCAGCUAUGUGGUAGCAAGAACAACGAAAGUGCCAGAUCGUUCCAAGAAAAUUCAAUGAUGUUCAAAUAUCUCAUGAAGUGGGACCGUUGUUGUUUUCAGUUGACAAAGACUGAGCGAAAAAUAAUUGUUUGAGCCAUUGUUUGUUUAUGACUGUUGGCGACAAAAUGAAAGAUGUCCGCUGUCUCUGCUGGUUUCGGAGUAAACAGUGAUGUGAAGGAUUGAAGAAAUGAAAUUCAAGUGCCUGUGUGGAAGAUUUUGGUUGUUUCUGUAAAAAUUUCCUCGUGUGUUUCGAACAGUUGAGAUUGUUGCCUACUCAGUAUGGUGUGAAAAUCCAAAAAUCAUAGCAAUUCUUGUAAUAUUUCAUUGCAGUUUAUUUAUCUUUUUUUUAAAUUAGGGAAACUUUAAAAGUUUAAACAUCAGAUUUGAAGUAAAUAAUCAACAGUUGUUUCAGAAAAGUUCUGAGUCAAUAACCGCAUCUCUGAUUAAUACAUAUUUUAGAAAUGUGUAUUUCAGUUACA